CAAUCUCAUCUGCAGAACCCAUAUGCUUUAUUCUCGAUAAUUAUUGUAUAAAAAACUGUAUUAACUUGACACUCUCAUAGAGAUUCGUAUGAGACUACGAAUAUUCCUCUCUCCCUUCGCCCUUCUAACAUAUAAAGUUAAUCAGUGAAUUCUAUUGUAGUGAUUACAGUAGAAAUGGGAGCGAGGCGGGACUCUGUUUCUGUUUUGGUUCUUCUUCUUGUUGUUCUGUUGACGAGUUAUUCAAAGAUUUCAAAUGGGGGAAUAACAAGCAGUUUUGUAAGAAGUGGGAACUUGUCUCUUGAUAUGCCAUUAGACAGUGAUGUCUUUGAAGUGCCUCCUGGUUAUAAUGCUCCUCAACAGGUGCAUAUAACACAAGGAGAUCAUGAAGGAAAUAGUGUGAUUGUUUCUUGGGUUACUCAAUAUGGACCAGGUUCAAGAACAGUGCUUUACUGGGCUGAGCAUGAUAAGCUCAAGAAUCAUGCAGAUGGAUAUAUUGUUAGAUACAAGUACUUCAAUUACACUUCUGGUUACAUUCAUCACUGCACCAUUAAGGAUUUAGAGUUUGAUACUAAAUAUUUCUACGAGGUUGGUAGUGGGAAUGUAACAAGAAAAUUCUGGUUUAUAACUCCUCCUAAACCUGGUCCGGAUGUCCCUUACACUUUUGGCCUUAUAGGGGACCUUGGACAAACUUAUGAUUCGAAUAGGACACUUACGCAUUAUGAGUUUAAUCCAACAAAAGGGCAGACAAUCUUGUUUGUUGGAGAUCUGUCCUAUGCAGAUGAUUAUCCAUUUCAUGACAAUGUAAGGUGGGAUACAUGGGGAAGGUUCAUUGAACGAAUUGCUGCCUAUCAACCUUGGAUUUGGACUGCAGGGAACCAUGAAAUUGAUUUUGCUCCUCAAUUUGGUGAACCUGUUCCAUUUAAGCCUUAUUUACACCGUUUUCAUGUUCCGUAUAGUGCUUCUGGUAGCACAUCUCCUCUUUGGUACUCCAUCAAGAGAGCUUCAGCAUACAUCAUUGUCAUGUCUUCUUACUCUGCUUUUGGGAAAUACACCCCUCAAUACAAAUGGCUAGAACAGGAAUUGCCGAAAGUGGACAGGACUGAGACACCAUGGCUUAUUGUUCUUAUGCAUUGUCCAAUGUACAACAGUUAUGUUGGUCACUAUAUGGAAGGAGAAACCAUGAGAGUGAUGUAUGAGACAUGGUUCGUGGAGUAUCAAGUUGAUGUUGUCUUUGCUGGUCAUGUUCAUGCCUAUGAACGAUCUAAACGCGUAUCAAACAUAGCAUACAAUAUUGUGAAUGGACAUUGCAUUCCUGUGUAUAAUCGAUCUGCUCCAGUUUACAUAACCAUUGGAGAUGGAGGAAAUCUAGAAGGAUUAGUGACCGAAAUGACAGAGCCACAACCAAGUUACUCCGCUUUUCGUGAAGCCAGCUUCGGCCAUGGACUUCUUGAUAUAAAGAACAGGACUCAUGCCUAUUUCAGUUGGCAUCGCAAUCAAGAUGGAGAUGCUGUGGAAGCUGAUUCCGUGCGGUUGAUCAAUAGAUAUUGGAACUAUUUAGAAGAAUCAUCUAUUGCUGAAUUAUGAAUAUUUGAUGAUAAAAUAUGCACGGAGCAAAUUUUCUCCUCAUCAUUUCUUAUGUUUCAUCAGUUACUUGCUGAAAAAUAGAUGUAUAAAUCUUGCCAUAGAUUAUCGAAAUCUUUUGUAAUUUAUGUGGUCUUUCAUAUAUUAGAAUAAUUACUCCCCUAGUGUUUGAAUUGUUAAACAAAAAUCUGACGAUUGAAUGUUUAAACGUUUUUUAUUA